GGAAUGGGGAAGAUGAAGCGGUGUUCUCGUGGUAGAAAAGCGAGGUGCAGACCCACGGGGCUCUCUUCACUCCUGGAGACAGAGAAAUGAGUGGGGAGAGAACAUACCUAAAGUGACUAUACCUCUUCUGGAAAAGCUCUCAUCUACGGAGGUGGCAGAGAGGGAGUGGGCCUGUCGCUCCGUGGCACACCUGCUGUGCGAGACA